AUGUCGACAACACCUGCAACAAGAUUGGUUUGUCUCACUUGUCGGCAAAACAAGAUCAAGUGCGUCCCCUCGUCACAAGAGCAAUCGGCGCCCUGCGCUCGCUGCCUCAAAAAAGGACUGUACUGCCAGUAUAUGGCUAUUCCAGACCCAACAUCGUCGUCUUCCGCCCCAGCGACGCCGUACAACUACCAACCGACUCACAGUCCAGCGACCCCAGUCUCUCCGCAAUUGCCCGCCUCAGCGCCAACGUCGCCUUACGUCCCUACCACAGGUGUCGACCGCUCCCGCUUCCGGCCAAUCCUCCCCGUUCCCGUCCAAGCGCCAAGUCUUCCGCAGACGGGACCGCCGCCUGAGGCCAGUCACCCACGAUAUGCCGCGGGGCAGUAUCCCGAUCUGUCUCUCACCGGCUCGGAUGGGCCACCCGACUACUAUUUGAGGGCUUAUUCAAACGCCCAUCUCAACUCGAGUGAGCGGGAAGAUGAGGGGCCUUAUGGAGGCGGUUAUUAUCCCACCAGCGGAGGCCAGUAUCGAUAUUAA